CACUUUCGGUUCCCUGGUAAGAAUGGUCGAAGAACAAUUGUAAGUGCCUGAAUCAUGUUCAUUGGAGAUAUCGGUAUGGCAAAGAAUGGGAGAGGCUAAAUAAGAAUUUGUGAAAUACGGUGUCCUCUGUAAUAGACGUAAGCUUCCUCCCCUUCCCAUCAUGGCUACCUCCAUGGAUCAGUCCACUGUUCUUGAAGAUGAGCUCACCUGUCCCGUGUGCUUGGACCUGUUCCGUGACCCCCACCUGCUGCCUUGCGGCCACAACUUCUGCCUCCUCUGCGUCCGCCGCCUCAAACGCCAGGCAGAGCGAGGUCGCUUCCGUUGCCCAGAGUGUCGCGAGAGCCACCGCUGCUCCGCAGCCUCGCAGAAGAACUUCAAGCUGGCCAACAUCGCCGACGACUACCGCCUCCGGGGACAGGCAGCGUUGUCAAGACCACAACAACCAGAUGGUGGCCGCCCGGCAACAGCCAAGAUCCCUGUGUCCGUGCCCUGUGACUACUGCCGCCCAGGGGACAUUAGCGAGGCGGGGAAAGGGGAACCUGGAGCUCCCGGGGCUGGAGGAGAGGUGGUGUUUGCGGUGAAGACGUGUCUGAAAUGCGAGGUGUCCAUGUGUCAGGAGCAUGUGAAGCCCCACCUGGAGCUACCUGCAUUUAGGGAGCACCCCCUGACCGAGCCCCUGGGAGACCUUAGGAAGAGGAAGUGUCCCGAACAUGAUGAGAUGUACCGCUACUACUGCAUGGACGACAGGAUGUGUGUCUGUAACGCCUGUACCAUAGAGGGGGGCCACGCCGGACACACCAUCAAGACCCUGAAGAACACCAUGAAGGGUCUGAAGGGCAUUUUGGAGACCCAGCUACAGAAGGUGGACAGGAAGUUGCGCAAAGCAGAAAAAACUCUCCAGGAGCAGAAAGUGGAGGAACAAAUUAACAAGAAGUUCCUGGAGGACUCGGACCAGCGGAUCAUGACGGUGGGGGAGGAGUUACAGGUCCACCUGGAGGGCUUGCUCACAGCCUUAAGGGACUGUACCCGCUCCCAAGAGAGCGAGUGUGGCCCCAACAUCCAGCGGAACAUAGCCAAGGUGACCCAGGAUCACGCUCGUCUGCAGGAUGUCCACAGCAGAAUCCAGAACCUCGCCCAGGAGAACGACCCCUUCCACUUCCUAGAGGCAUACAAAUCAUCAAGCAAAAAUUUCUGCAGGCAGUUGAAGAAGCCCCUCUUCUACCCAGAGUAUGUUGGUGUGGACACUGAAGGCCUGGCCGAGGCCCUGGAGGUUAAGCAGGAUGACUUCCUCACUAAUGUACGCUCCUGCAUCUCUCAAUUCAUCGACGAUAUCUGUCCUUCAGUCAGGGAAGAGCCGGACACCGGAGGAGAGGAGGAUGAAGAUGACGACGAGGAGGAUGGCAGUGAUGGAGAUGAACAAGAGGAGGAGAUGAGCGAGGAAGAGGAGGGUAUACACGACCACGAGUCAGCAGACGAACUCUACGGUGAGGAAGAUGAAGAGGAGAUUUAUUCGAACUGAUGAAAUGACUAUGGGGUGAAUUGUCAAAUCCAAUUCUUCCAUUUAAGUCAAACUGUCUCUCAUAGCCUCCCACUGACAUCAAUAUUUGACCAUGUAAAAAUUUUACUUUGAAUUUAGGAUUUUCCCAACCAUUUUGGGAAACCUUUCAAAUAUUAUACAUUCUACAUCAAUGUUUCGAAGGGGAGAUGUUUAUGGGUGCAUGGAACCAUAUUUCAUAUAUAGUGCACUACUUUUGACCAGGCUUUGGUCAAAUGUUGUACACUAUUUAGGCCAGGGCUAUUCAACUAUAUUCUUACAGAUGUAAAAAAGGUUAAUUGCAGGGGGGGGGGCAGACAUUUUCCACAUGCGUUUAGUUUAAGGAAGAACUGUUUAAAAAACAAAAGCACACACCAGUAAAGUACUUUUCUUAAAUUGUUGCUAAAAUGAAUUAGGAAAGAAGUGGAUGUCGCUCAACCAAUGUGGUUAGAGGUGCAACCCAAAAAUGCAAUAAUUGAAGAGGCGCAAUGUUCGCUCACCACUUAAAGCUUCUUAAAAGCAAUUAGGUCAUUUUAAAUUCUGAAAAUGAAGUAUCUCAAAAAAUAACACACAUAUGUCAAGUCCGGUAAUGGCAAAUUCCAGUCUGAAGGAAGUAUGCUUUGAAUUUAUUUCCCUCAGUCAUUUGGUGUGUUGUUUUUGUCACACUUCCUCUAGCAAGUCCUCGUGGGCAUCAGAGAGGGAAACAGAAGGCAUGUACGUGUGCUUAGCUUUCAGAAAUGGGGUCAAAAAGUAUUUGUUCCCUUAAACCGUUCAAAUGCUAGAGCCAAACUCCUAUAAAGAAAGAAGAAUCCAAAUGUCACAUAGGUGCUAGAAACCAUAGUGCUUGUCAUUUUGGCCCGCAGGCCACCAGUUGAAUAGCCCUGAUUUAGGCAGUAGGGUGCCAUUUGGGAUGAAGACUAUAUUUUUGUAGUUCAAGAUUAUACUGUUAUAGCUAAACACUGGGUUUCUAAUUCUAACCUCAAACUGUUUUAUUUUUUGACCAAAGCACUUGUUCCUAACCUGACUGGUGUGCCAGAUGGGUGGGGUUUGCAGUUUUAGAUAUACUCCAUUGCUUUCAUUAAACUAGGCAAACUCAAUCAAGUACAGUAUUUGAAAUAAUUUAAAAUGGUUUUUAGACCCAGAUCUGGGGCCAUAGUCAUAAAACACCUCAGUGUAGAAGUUUUGCCUUUUUAGAUCAUAAUGAAUAAGUUAAUAUUGACAGGGGGAACCUGUUCCUAGAUCUGAAAUCCUACUCUGAGACGGUUUAUGAAUACAGGACCUGGUCUAGUAUAUAGUGCAUUCGGGUAAGGAUUCAGAGACCCCUCAACUUUUUCCAUAUUUUUGUUACAUUUUAGAAUAAGGCUGUAAUGUAUUAAAUUGUUUUUUUUUUCUCCCCAAAAUCAAUUUACACAAACUACCCCAUAAUUAUAAAGCAAAAACAAGUUUCUAGACAUUUUAGCAAAUGUAUAAAAAAAAAUGAAAUCACAUUUACUUACGUAUUCAGACCCUUAACUUGGUACUUUGUUGAAGCACCUAUGGCAGCGAUUACAGCCUCGAGUCUGCUUGGGUAUUACGUUACAAGCUUGGCACACCUGUAUUUGGGGAGUUUUUCCCAAUUGUCUCUGCAAGGCCUUUCAAGCUCUGUCAUGUUGGAUGGGGAGCGUGUCUCUCUAGAUGUUUGAUCGGGUUCAGGUCCGAGCUCUGGCUGGGCCACUAUAAGGACAUUGAGACUUGUCCCGAAGCCACUCCUGCGUUGUCUUGGCUGUGUGCUUAGGGUCGUUGUCCUGUUGGAAGGUUAACCUUCGCCCCAGUCUGAGGUCCUGAGCGCUCUGGAGCAGGUUUUCAUCAGGGAUCUCUCUAUACUUUGCUCCGUUCAUCUUUCCUUCGAUCCUGACUAAUCUUCCAGUCCCUGCCGAUGGAAAAACAUCCCCACAGCAUGAUGCCGCCACCACCAUGACCCUCAGGGUCUGAGAGUCUUUUGUUGUCUUUUGGCAAACUCCAAGCGGACUGUCAUGUGCGUAUUACUGAGGAGUGGCUUCCGUCUGGCCACUCUACCAUAAAGGCCUGAUUGGUGGAGUGGUGCAGAGAUGGUUGUCCUUCUGGAAGGUUCUUCGAUCUCCACAGAGGAACGCUCGAACUCUGUCAGAGUGACCAUCGGGUUCUUGGUCACCUCCCUGACCAAGACCCUUCUCCCCCGAUUGCUCAGUUUGGCCGGGCGGCCAGCUCUUGGAAGAGUCUUGGUGGUUACAAACGUCUUCCAUUUAAGAAUGAUGAAGGCCACUGUGUUCCAAUUCCUUCGACCUCAUGGUUUGGUUUUUGCUGACAUGCACUGUCAACUGUGGCACCUUAUAUUGACAGGUGUGUGGCUUUCCAAAUCAUGUCCAAUCAAUUGAAUUUAGGUGGACUCCAAUCAAGUCGUAGAAACAUCUCAAGGAUGAUCAAUGGAAACAGGAUGGACCUGAGCUCAAUUGCAAGUCUAAUAGCAAAGGGUCUGAAUACUUAUGUAAAUAAAGUAGUCCUAUUUUUUGUUUAAUACAAUUGUAUUAAAAAUAUAUAAUUUCAUACAUUUUAUAAUAAGGCUGUAAUGUAACAAAAUGUGGAAAAAGUCAAGGGGUCUGAAUACAGUGAAAGCUACAUUUUAUUUUGUAUUCUCUGGUUGAACGCAUGGUGUAUUGUUAUACAGUGUUUAUUAUUUCAGUGCACUGGAUAAUUCAUAUUAUAUAAAUAAUUAAAAGGUAUUGCACUUACCUGCAGAUAUGAAUUUCAAACCACAAUAGUUCACAACUAAUUUAGUACAUCUAGGUAUCCUUGAGUCCAAUAUUUAUAACCAUAGGGGUUUGCAAGAUGGCAAAAACAGAUCUGGGACCAGGCUAGCAUUUAGGUCUUUGUGUAACUAGACACGUGAGUGCAUGUCUUGACUGAAUUCUGACAUGUUUGAAUUUAUACAGAAGAUGGAUUGUAGAAAGAAAACAAAGGAGACUUGACAGAUGGGUAUAUGUGUAAAGCGUGGGUGUGUUCUUCAAAAGCUGUUCGCAAUUUGUCAAAUAAGUUGAGAUAAUGUUUAUCAAUCUGUUUAAUAAUGCACAAUAUAAUGCAGUAUAUGUUUGUAAUCAUUUGCACACCCACGGUCCUAUUCAUUAGGCACCAAAGAAGAAAACUGGGAAGGAUGGACCAGGACUUGUCCAAUAAGAAGCCCUUGUUCUCCUUUCCCGUUGCAAAAAGUUUUGAAAUGGUGCAUACUAAUGAAUACGACCCAUGUUUCAUGACUUGCAGUUCGGAGAAACAUUUGCAGGUCUACUUCUAAUGACUGUAGCAAUCGAUAAUGUGUGCUAUUUUAGACAUAUUUUGUAUGGCUAUCUAUUUGCAAAUAAGUUCUGCAAAUAACAUAGUGGUACAUCAUGGCUUUUGUGUCUUGCAUGGGAUCUGUUUUUUUCUUCACAUUGUUACAAAAGUUGACAGUGAAUGUUUGUAAAUAUCAUUUGACAAAAUAGUAUAUUUUUCAGGGAUUUUCAUACGGGUGAUUUUGAGCAAAUUAGUUGUCGUUCUAUCCAGCCAAUCAAUUCUGCAUGAAUGUUAUAAAGAUAAAUAAAUGCAUUGUGUUGUUAUUACA